CUGUAGCACGAUUACUCCACCACCGUUGGCUGGUGUGCCUUUGUUGCAGUACCUUCCAGACAGUGAUGUGUUGUCCAGCGAUGCAGGUGAGGCUACUUCCGCAGUGCAAAAUAGACUGUGUGAUGAAUGUGCUGAGGAUACAGCAGCAGUGGCUGUUUGCAAGGACUGUGGUGACAAUUUCUGUACUGACCAUGCCAGGGUGCACCCAACCUCACGCAGAUCAUACAAACACAAGGUUGUGCCACUCAGUGAGGCAGGUUCAUCUACUCCCCGCGCACUAAGGCCCACUGCGGGUGCAAAGUGUCCACUGCAUCCAUCUUCUGAGCAAUCACACUUCUGCAUGGUUUGUCGAAAGAUCCUCUGUGACAAAUGCCUUGCAGCGUCUAGUCGCCAUGACCAGCAUCGCAAGGAUUUGCUACCCAUUCAGGAAGCUGUUUCCAAAAUCAGAGACUCUCUUAUUGCAAAGGUGACUGCUUCUUUCUCUGGCGAAGAAAGUCAACUGAAGGAUGCAUUGGCUGCAACAGACAAGGCACUCUCGCAGCUGCAUGACCAAACUGAAGCUGUAUCUUCGCAAGUCAAUGACUUCUUCACUCAGUUGAAGAAAGUCAUUGAUAGGCGAGAGCAUCAAUUGCUGGGUGAGCUUGACCAACUGCAAUUACCGCAGUACUUACAGUUGCAAGAGCGAAAGCAACGCAGCCUAUCCAGCUUAUCAACUCGCCAGCGAGUCAAACAUCUCACGGAGUAUUGCCAGUCUGACAGUAACUUCUUGAAGAUGUGCGGCUGGCUGGAAGACGCCACACAUGACGUCAUGGAUGCAACUGAAGCGGAGGUGAAGCCAUUCCAGCCAGUUACUCUACAAUUCACGGCGGAUUGCAAAGACGAGUCCUACACAGCUAUCUCCAAGGCCGGUUCCGUCUGGAUCGCCGACACAGUGUCCUCUGAAAAGAGCACCGCGGCCAUUCCAGCUAAUGUGGACGAAGGACAAGAUCUCCGUAUCUCCAUUGACCUGAGGAACCAACGUGGUGACGCGCUGACUGCAACAGACCAACAUCUGAACAGUGUGAAAGUGGAAGUCACGACUGGGGAGAAUGACGUCACAAUCUGUCCGGUUCUCAAGGCAACAGACGCGGAAACCUCCUCCAGCCCAGUAUUCGCUGUAUUCAAGACAGGCAGCGUAAAGAAGGGACAAGUCAAAGUGUGUGUCACAACUGACACUGGCCAUAUCCGGGGUAGUCCUGCAGUCUCGAUUGUCGCUGAUGUAUUGAGGUUUGACCGCGACCGAUGUCACGCUGGUCUGGUUCUGUCUAGCAAUGGCAGAACGGUCACACAUGCUGCUGCACGAUGGAGCAACAGAGUAGUGUACGGCACAACACGAUGGAGCACGGGAAAACACGAAAUAUCUGUCUGUCUUGAUACAUUUGGGCCUGCACCAUAUUCUGCGUACAACAACUACUCGCUAGGCAUGUGCAAUGAGAAGGAGCCGCUGCUUACAGGCUUCUAUCCAAACCUCGCUUGGACCAGUUAUAGUAGUACUUCUCAUGGCUAUUUGGGUCAGCCAUGGAAACCCGGUGAUGUGAUCCACAUGUCAUUGGAUUGUGACAAUCACACAUUAGUCGCUUGUCAUGAGCGUACCGGAGCAGUGGACACGAAGACCAAUGUUACUGGCGAGAUUCGUCUAUACCUUCUCACGACCUCUCCCCAAGAUCAAGCUACUAUUCUGUAA